AUCCCUGUAAAACUCAAUAGAAGAUCAAAAUCUUUUGAAAGUAUUACGCUAUUCUAUUUCUCUCGCGGUUGUAUCAUUAAAAAUAGGACUUUCUUAUGGAUAGGCAAGCUUAUUCUUGGCGCCAGUUACCAUAUCCGGGCGAUCAAAGCGACACCCAAUGGGUAGAGCCAUGCAUGAUCGUCUUGUGUCAGGAUGGGAAUAUCGACGAAGCAAUCGUUCCGCUUUUGCAAACUUUGUACGAGCCUAUUGGCAGGAAUCUGAUUGGGGCUGUGUUUGUGCACGAGACGAUGCGGGAAGAGCUGAUCGAGAAGGUGCGUGAUCGGAUGACUGUGAUGCAUCGUCAGGUGAAGAGCCAUGAUUUCUAUUCCAAGGCGCUGCUUCGUGCCGAGUGCCUGGGCGCCGAGCUGAUUGCCAUGAUGAAGCCUGAUGACAUUGGCUUCAAGUACAGCAUGGUCGAGGGUUCACCGCUUGUCGUAUGCGACUUCAAUCAAAGCUAUUUCAGCGUUAAUCAUCCCAGCACUGUGGUUACCCUGCAUACAUUCCGCCACACCCAGGAACUGAUCGAGUUGGCUGCCAAGGAGAAACUGUCAUUUGACAGCGCUUCUAUCUGGUGCCCGAAAACGGCAACUGCCUACGAGAUGGCCCUGAUUCUUUCUGUACCAGUUAUUCACAUCAACUGCGCAAGAGUCAGCUUGUUGCCCAUUGCCGAGAAGUACAAGGACCAGGAAGCUCAUUCAAUGCUCAUGGGCGGAUAUCAUUUUGAGGUGGUAAUACAGAAGAAUCGCGGCAAGAUCAUUGUCUUUCCGGCACCAGUUCAAUUGUUCUCCAAGUCCCAGAACCUCGCAAAAGCUUAGUAGUCCAACCAAUCAA